GUUCAAAUACGACAUUAUUCGAAGGGAGUAAAUGUUUUUGGAAAAUUGACUAAUCUAGAAAGAUGACAAUUGAGAGGAACAGUCAACUAAAAUCACAUGGCUGAUGGCUGGGUGGGCACAAUGUCAAAAUCCCCAAUCACUUGCUCCUCUCUCUCUCUCGCAAGCGUGUGACCGAUGCUGGGGAAGUAUGGCUUCCUGCCUUGAACGGGAGAUCAAUGCCUUCCUUUGGCUAUCACUCAUAGGUGUAACCUCCUUUUUGCUUGGAAAAUUAGCCAACAUAUUCCAGUUAUGGCGCAAGGCCCGCCUCCUACCCGGCCCACCUUGCCCUUCCUUCUACGGCCACGGCCGCCUCGUUUCCAGCUCCAAUCUCACUGAUGUUCUUCACAAGAUGCAUAAGAAAUAUGGAGGUGUUGUGAAAAUUUGGCUAGGUGCUACACAACUCUUGGUCUCGAUAGAGGAAAUGGAUCUUAUAAAAGAGGUACUUUUGAAGGCUGAGGAUAAGUUGCCUUUGACAGGGAGGGCCUUUCGUCUAGCAUUUGGGAAAUCUAGCCUAUUUAUCUCCUCAUUUGAGAAGGUUGAACAUCAACGGAAUGCAUUAGAAAUGAAACUUGGUGUAUUGCUUGAGAGAGCUAGUUCAAUUCCUGAACAGAUAUUGGUUCAUGUCAUAGAAAAUGCUCAAAGUGCAAGGCCCAAUGGAGCUGUGGACUCUGAAACAAUUUCUUUUUAUCUAGCUUAUACCAUCCUCGGAGCGACAAUAUUUGGAGAUGUGUUUUUGGCUUGGCCUAAGGCUACUUUCUUCAAGGAGCUGUUAGUGAAGAUAGCUAAAGAUGCAUGCUUUUGGGCAUCUUAUGGUGUCACUCCUUUCUGGAAAAGGGGUUUUUGGAGUUACCAGGAUUCUUGUGCUAAGUUGAAGUGCUUAAUGCAGGAGCUUAUAACAGAAUGCAGACAAAACUGCAAGUCACGAUUUUUAUGGGAGUUUGAUGCCCAUGAUCACACGGAACAUGAGCCAUGUGGGGAAAUAAUAAGUCUGAUGGUCCAUGGGUCUCUGACUAUGGCUGCUCUUAUUUCUAAUAUCUUGACAAGGCUUGUGACACAUGCAGACAUACAGGAUAAGAUCCACUCGGAGAUAGUUAUUGCCCGAAAAACGGGGAGAAGACUAGAUGAACUGAAUUUUGAUAUGACACCCAAUCUCUUGGCAGUUGUAUAUGAAUCAGCCCGUCUACAUCCAGCUGGACCUCUGUUGCAAAGAUGUUCUCUCCGACACGAUUUGAAACUCAAAGAUGGUACGGUGAUACCUGCUGGUGCUAUUAUUGUUGUACCCAUUCAACUGGUUCAAACGAAUUGUUCAAACUGGGGGAGUGAUGCUGUGAAAUUUAAUCCAUGCCGAUUUCUGUCGAGUACUGAUGGUAGAUGUCUCUUUGACCAAAAAGAUCAUUUGACAGAACAUACUUCCUCUGUUAUGAAAGAGCUAAAUGAAUUCGAAGCAUUUCUCCCUUUCGGAUCUGGCACACGUGCAUGUCUCGGACAAGAGCUUGCCGUCCUUGGAAUUUCAUCAUUGUUUGCUGCAUUGAUUGAACAUUACGAGUUAAGACCCCAGCAAGGAUCUGAAAGCAACCCAAAACCAAAGAUGAAUAACUGCAUUCUCCAGCUUCUUCCAAGUCCGCAGAUAGUUUUCGUUAAAAGGAACGUCGACUGAAGAAGAAAGCUGUUUUUCUCGCGAGUUUUCAGCGAAUGAGAGAUCACGAUUUGGGGGCCUCAUUUAGAUGAUUGUUCUUGGUAAGUUUUUGAUGUGGCUCUAGCGCCUGUCUUCCAAGGUGUAAUAUUGUAAUUAGUUUUUGAAGCGCUGGACCAUUUUAGACAUUGUUUUCUUCCCUGUUGUGGAAUUGUAUUUGUGUUUUCUGUUUUUUUCUCUCGCAUGAGAGCUAUAAUGCUUUGUAAAUAUGCAAACAACGCCUUCAUAAAGUCGUGAUCUCAAAAAGUAACUUCUCCUUUUGCA